GAUGUUGGUGAGAUAUUCAAUAUUACAAUUUCCUCAGAUAUCACCCAGUAUGAUCUAAUCGUCUACGUAUUUAUUAUAAUCGUACUUGGAUUUUGUGCUGUGAUCUUUUUAAUUUGUUUAUUGCGUGAGCGAAAGGGACGCCAUCGGUUGAAAAAGGUCCAUCGGAAUCCAAAGAAAACCAAACUAAAUCGUGCACUGAUUGAUCGAGUUCAUCAUUUGCCGUAUGAAAAAGAGUAUGAAUUACCCAGAGAAAGUCUUGAAGUCGGAACACUACUUGGUGCUGGUUUUUUUGGGGUAGUCCAUGAAGGCGUCCUUUUAUCUCAUGGUGAGAAAACAAAAGUUGCCAUUAAGAUGAUCAAGGAUGUGUCAGAUUACAAAAUAGUCGAGGAUUUUAUCUCGGAACUGAAGGUAAUGAUGUAUCUAGGUCAGCAUUCGAAUGUGCUAAAUUUACUCGGAGUGGUUACAAGCAAUAUUACACAAAAUGAAUUAAUGAUUAUAGUUGAAUACUGCGAAUACGGUAACGUUUCAGAUUUGUUAAGAAAUAAUCGUUCACAAUUCAUCAACCAAAUAAAUUUCAAAUAUGACAUAAUUGAUUCAACUAUACGAAAAAGGAAUAAAAUAUACGCAAAGAGGCUGACAUCCAAUUGUGACAAUUCUACAGAUGAGAUCAGUAAUAAAUUGACAAUCGAACCCAUCACAACGACCGAUUUAGUGUAUUGGUCACUCCAAGUGGCACAAGGAAUGGAUUAUUUAACAUCUCGUAAGAUUCUACACAGAGAUUUGGCAGCCAGAAAUAUUUUGCUAUGUCCCAACAAUGUGGUCAAAAUUUGUGAUUUCGGAAUGGCACGAAUAUUACAAAAUGAUGAAUAUCACAUAGAACAUAGACGAGAAUUAAUUCCAUUCAAGUAUUGGCCUCCUGAAUCUCUACAAAAACAAAAGUUCAGUGUAUAUUCGGAUGUGUGGUCGUUUGGCAUUGUUAUGUGGGAGAUGUUUUCACUUGGAUCACCACCAUAUCCCGAUGUGGAUUCUUUUUCUGAGCUAUGUAAACGCUUAGAUGACGGGUAUAGAUUGAGCAAACCACUGUAUGCCACGGAAGCUAUAUAUAAUAUUAUGAUUUCAUGUUGGAAUGAUGACCACAAGUUACGUCCAUUAUUCGAUCUUCUUGAGAUGAAUAUUUCACAGCUUUUGCAUCCUGUCUUCUCUUCAAGUAUGGAAUCAUUUGAAUGUGAAUCGGACAAAGACGAUUGCAAAUAUGGAUCAAGAUCAUUGGAAUAUUCUUGUUCUAGUUCUAAUAGAAAUAAUAAAUAAAAAUAAAAAUUCUAUUAAAUCGAAGCCUCAUAUUUGGCUUGGGGGUAGCGUGGACAAUUUAAGGAAGAUUCUGCAGACGUUCACCUUCACAUACCAUACUAACGAUAACACGUUUUGUAUCUCGUUCACAAUAAAAUAUAAACAAGUAGGCAAAAGUGAAUUGUUGGUUUUUUACGCUCAGA